GGGUGAUGGGCCGUGGAACAGAAAGGCCAGGAGAAUGAUAAAAAUGUUGUGGGGAGGGACGGAGGAGAAGAGCAACAGAAAAAUGGAAGAGGGUAAGAGUCGAAAGGAGAAGAGGAAGGCAAUGAAGAAAAUGAAACGGAAGCAGACAAGGAGGGAGGCGGCGGAGAGGGAGAGGCGGGAGGAAGAGGAGCGGCUGAAGGAUCCCGAGGAGCAGAGGCUGAUGCAGUUGGCGGAGCAGCAGGAGGUGGAGAGAAUGCAGAGGGAAAGGAUCCUGUUCGAGGAGAGAGAGAGGGCUUGGAUGGAGAGGAUCAUCCAAAAACAAGAUGACCUGGAGGAGAAGGAGAAGGAGAAGGAGGACCAAGACGAAGACGAAUAUCAAUACGUCCAGGACGAAGGCCCUCCGGAGAUUAUCUGGCAAGGAAACGAGAUCAUCUUCAAGAAGAAACAGCUCAGAGUUAGGGUUGCGGACAAGAAUGAAAACCACCAGGACAAGAAUAAUAGACCUGUAUCAAAUCCCUUACCCCCGGAAUCGGAAUCGCAAUCGCAAUCGCAAUCGGAGUCACACACUCACAUGCUCCAGGAUGUUGCUCAACAUAUACCCAAUUUCGGAACUGAGCAGGAUAAAGCUCAUUGCCCUUUUCAUCUUAAAACCGGAGCAUGUCGUUUUGGUCUACGCUGCAGCAGAGUCCAUUUUUACCCUGAUAAGUCAUCCACCCUCCUUAUCAAAAACAUGUACAACGGUCCUGGCCUUGCAUGCGACCGGGACCAAGAUGAGGGCCUUGAGUAUACAGAUGAAGAGGUUGAACGAUGUUUUGAAGAAUUUUAUGAGGAUGUUCACACAGAGUUCCUGAAGUUUGGGGAAAUUGUGAACUUCAAGGUGUGUAAAAAUGGUUCAUUUCACUUGCGAGGAAAUGUCUAUGUACAGUAUAAAUUGUUGGAUUCUGCUUUGCUUGCAUAUAACUCGGUGAACGGUCGCUACUUUGCUGGGAAACAGGUAAGUUGUCAAUUUGUUAACUUGACGAGAUGGAAGGUUGCCAUAUGUGGCGAGUAUAUGAAAUCAGGUUUCAAGACUUGUUCUCACGGAACAGCAUGCAAUUUUAUCCACUGUUUUCGCAAUCCUGGUGGAGACUAUGAAUGGGCUGAUUCUGACAAACCUCCCCCAAAGUAUUGGGUAAAAAAGAUGGUCGCUUUAUUUGGUUAUUCUGUUGAUUAUGAGACUUCAGGGGAGCGAGGAAAUUUGAGUUUGCCAAAGAAUAUAUCAAAAACAGAUUCUGACAGGUACCACCACUCUAGAAGGUCGAGAUCUAGGGAGAUGGAUCAGUUAAAUUGUGGUCAUUCUAGUAGAAGAAAACAGGAUGAAAGAAAGCCAAGAACUCCUGAUAAGGAACGAAAUGCCAACUUCAAAAACAAGCAUAAAAGGAAAUCCAGAAGCAGAACUCCCGAUGCUGAUCCUGACAAGGAAUUGUUAGAAAAAGAGGAAAAUAAGGAAAGGCACCGCAAACACACCUGGAAUAGUUCAUUUAACAGGAACAGGGGUAACAAUAAAAGCCGUGAAGAGGAUUCUGAUGUGGAUUGGGAUACUGGGGACAAUGGAAAACAGCAUCGCAGAGAAGGAAGAAACUCAAGAAAGUGGAACAGAGAUAUUAGAGUCUGGAUUUCUGAGGCUGAAGAAGAUAGGAAUAGUGAUAGAGAUGAUAAAAUGCGCCAUAUUAGCAAAAGUAAAAGAUCAAGACAUCGGAGUGGCGAUGCUUCUGAAUCUAACAAAGAUUUGCUUGGUAGAGGAGAGAUGGAAACACACCAUGAUUACUCUAGGAAGAGCUCGAAGCACAUAAGAUCUGGUCUUCAGGACGACUAUAUAUACUAUGAGAAUGAAAAUGACAAAGAUGAUGGAGGAAGGCCUCCGAGGGAGAGUUACAAACGAGAACAUCGUCACAACAAGAAGAGAUCCGAACAUUAGGAGAAUUUGAUCCUUCAGCCGUAGAGUGGAUCUGGUUAGAACAAGAGGCAUAAUAGAAACAAGCAAGUGAUAAUCAGUUUAACUCACUAAAGAUACUAGAUCCCAUCAUAUUUUGCAGGUUGGUUGUGUGACCUUAUCGAUAAAUAAAUAGAUCGAGUGAAUAAUAUUUUAUAUCAAUUUUAAUUAUAAAAUUUUAAACUUAUUAUUAAA